AUGAGAAUGGUUGUAGUCCUGGCUGGCACCCUGGUCAUAAUCGGCGCCCACCUUUUCUUCACUUUCAUCUUAAGAGACAAAGAACUCCUUUGGGGGGAGACUGAGGAAUCAUAUGUCAUCAGUGUUGUGGAGAAGAGCCGGGUCCUGGUGGACAGCACCAUCUGCCACAAUAUGGAAAGAAACCUCAGAAAAAGGGACAUCGUUUCCCCAGCUCAGCUUCUCUCUUUCUCCAAACUCGUGGAGCCGACCAGCAGAGCCGUUUCCCGAGCAGCAGAGAUAAUGGAGACUUCGAUGCAGGCGCUGAGAGGAGCCGCCCACCUGACCCAGCGGUCAGGGGGUCCCACAGAUUCCAUCUCAGAGGACCUGCUCAGUGUAAUCUCAAACGUCUCGGGAUGCUUGCCCUUCAUGACGCCGCCCAGCUGCCCGGACACCUGCCUGGCCCGCAAGUACCGGCUCAUCACAGGCGCUUGCAACAACAGAGACCACCCGCGGUGGGGUGCCUCCAACACAGCCCUGGCCCGAUGGCUGCCUCCCGACUACGAAGAUGGCUUCAGUCAGCCCCGGGGCUGGAACCACGGCUUCCUACAUAACGGGUUUCCCCUGCCCCUGGUACGAGAGGUGACACGAGAGGUCAUUCAAGUUUCCAAUGAAGCUGUCACAGAAGAUGACCAGUACUCCGACCUCCUGACAGUGUGGGGACAGUACAUUGCCCACGACCUGGCCCUCACACCCCAGAGCACCAGCAGAGCUGCAUUUGGGGGCGGAGCUGAUUGCCUACUGACCUGUGAGAACCGAAGCCCGUGUUUUCCUAUUCAGCUCCCAGAGAACACCCUGCUAGCCGCGGGCCCUGCCUGUCUGCCCUUUUACCGCUCAUCCGCCGCCUGCGGCACCGGGGACCAAGGCGCGCUCUUUGGCAACCUGUCCAAAGCCAACCCGCGGCAGCAGAUGAACGGGCUGACCUCUUUCCUGGACGCCUCCACGGUGUACGGCAGCUCCCCUGCCUCGGAGAAGCAGCUGCGGAACUGGACCAGCGCCGAGGGGCUGCUGCGGGUCAACACGCGCCACCAGGACGCUGGCCGCGCCUACUUGCCUUUCGCACCGCCGCCUGCGCCCGCGGUCUGCGCGCCAGACCCCAGCGUCCCCGGCGCGCCCCGAGCCCCCUGCUUCCUGGCCGGGGACGGCCGCGCCAGCGAGGCACCCUCCCUGACGGCCGUGCACACGCUGUGGCUGCGUGAGCACAACCGCCUGGCCCUGGCGCUCAAGGCCCUUAACGCACACUGGAGCGCAGACACCGUGUACCAGGAGGCGCGCAAAGUGGUGGGCGCCCUGCACCAGAUCAUAACCAUGCGUGAUUACGUCCCCAAGGUCCUGGGCACAGAGGCCUUCGAGCAGCACAUAGGACCCUAUGAAGGCUAUGACCCCACCGUGAACCCCACUGUGUCCAACGUAUUUUCCACGGCCGCCUUCCGCUUUGGCCACACCAUUGUCAACCCGCUGGUGAGGCGGCUCGAUGCCUACUUCCAGGAGCACCCCACCCUCCCCAGGCUGCCUCUGCACGACACCUUCUUCAACCCAUGGACACUCAUCCGGGGAGGGGGUUUGGACCCUCUGGUCAGAGGCCUUCUUGCAAGACCAGCCAAACUGCAGGUACAGGACCAGCUGAUGAAUGAGGAGCUGACACAGAUGCUCUUUGUGCUGCCCAACUCCAGUGCCCUGGACCUGGCAUCCAUCAACCUGCAGCGUGGCCGGGACCACGGCCUGCCAGGUUACAACGCCUGGCGGCAGUUCUGCAACCUGCCCCGCCUGGAGACACCUGCCCACCUGCACACAGCCAUGGCUAACAGGAGCGUGGCCGAGAGAAUAAUGCGCUUAUACCAGCAUCUGGACAAUGUGGACGUCUGGCUGGGGGGCUUGGCUGAGGACUUGCUCCCGGGGGCCCGCACUGGCCCCCUGUUUGCCUGCAUCAUCGGGAGGCAGAUGAAGGCCCUGAGGGACGGGGACAGGUUCUGGUGGGAGAACAGGGGAGUCUUCACGGAUGCACAGAGGCGUGAGCUGGAGAAGCACUCUCUGUCUCGGGUCAUCUGUGACAACACAGGCCUCACCAGCAUGCCUGUCAAUGCCUUCCAAGUAGGAAAAUUCCCCAAGGACUUUGAGUCCUGUGAGGACAUCCCCAGCAUGAACCUAGAGGUGUGGAGGGAGACCUUUCCUCAAGAUGACAAGUGUGGCUUCCCAGCAAAGGUGGACAAUGGGGACUUCGUGCCGUGUGAGGAGGCCGGGAGGCGCAUGCUGGUGUUUUCCUGCCACCAGGGGUUCGAGCUGCAGGGCCAAGAGCAGGUCACCUGCACCCAGCAAGGGUGGGACUCCCCGUCCCCCAUCUGCAAAGAUGUGAACGAGUGUGCAACCCUGGCUCAGCCCCCCUGCCACCCCUCCGCACACUGCAGGAACACCAAGGGCGGCUUCCAGUGCGUCUGUUCCGACCCCCUCGUGCUGGCAGAUGACAGCAGGACCUGCGUAGACUCUGGGAGGCUACCGCAGGCAUCUUGGGUCUCCAUUGCUCUGGGCGCCCUGCUGGUCGGUGGCUCGGCAGGUCUCACCUGGACAGUGAUUUGCAGGUGGUAA